CUGCAUGCUUCUCAAAGCGUGACUCACCGCCUUGCUUACACCUUAAGCAAGCGUUUCGAUGUCGACGCGUGUACUCCAUCAUGCGAUCCUGACUGCCGGCAAGUCUCUCCCGCUCCCGAUUCCUCGGGCCGCCUUGUCACUUGCACCGGCAUCCCCUUCGCUUGACUUUGUCAACACACCGUCUCCAUCUGCCUUCAAUGCUUUGCUUGACCUCCACGUGUUCAGCUAUGAUCACCCUUGACUCCGCCCGGUCUCCUUGAUUGUCUGGCAUCAAGCACUCCGCUUGGGCCAGAUCAUCUUGCCGUCGACCGCCAAGUUGCAUCCAUCACCUGCACAUCAUGAGACAGGCAAACACAUAUCUCCUACUUCAAUUCCAAUUAGUCCAUAAUCAUUAUGCUCAAAUGAAAUCUCAAAUCAAUUCAAAUCACAUCAAAGUUCAUGCAAAACCGAAGAUCAUCAAACCAAAUAAAUGACAAUGUCAAUCACUCAUCACAAGAAAACCAAGGCACAUUUCAACUUGGUUUCUCAAGAAUACAGGUGUGUAGUUUGGAAUAAACUGCUUCAACUGGGACACGUGAAAGACAUGCUUAGGAUGUGCACGAUUAACCACUGAAUUCUGAGCAUAUGGUUGUAGUUUCAGAAAAACCUUAUCACCCACUUGGGAUUCCCUGAAAAAUCGAUGUUUAUCAGCAUAAAGCUUCAUCUUGAGCUGUGCUUUCUCCAGUUGAGCUCUCAAGUAGCUAGAGUACAGCUGCCUUUCUUUGAGAAGGUCAAUAGCAUCAGCAUUUGUACAUGAUGGAAGGUCAGGAACAACUCCAUAAUUUGGAUCUACACCAUAAAGAGCCUUGAAUGGGGUACAACCCAGUGAAGAGUGAUAGCAGGAGUUAUACCAAAACUCAGCCAUGUCCAGCCAUUUGUGCCAUCUACGAGGAAUGUCACCAACAACACAUCUCAAAUACAUUUCCAAACAUUGAUUGACCCUCUUUGUUUGUCAAUCGGUUUGAGGGUGGUAGAUUGUACUCAUUUGUAGCAUAGUGUCCACCAGCUUGAAGAGCUCUUGCCAAAAUGUGCUUGUAAAGACCUUGUCCCUGUCUGAAACGAUAGAAUGUGGCAGACCAUGCAGCCUAACCACCUCAUGAAAAAAUAUCCUUGCCACAUGUAAUGCAGUAUAUGGGUGUUUCAGUGGAAUAAAGUGUGCAAACUUCGUAAACCGAUCAACCACAACCAAUAUAACUGAAAAUCCAUCAGAUAAUGGCAAACCUUCAAUGAAAUCCAUCGAGAUAUCUUUCCAUGCCUCCCGAGGAAUUGGUAGAGGCCGCAACAGCCCUUGGCUGGAGCAUUUUUCAUGCUUGGCCUGCUGACAUGUGAUGCACUGCUUCACAAAAUUAGUGACAUCAUUCUUGAGUCCCACCCAUGUAAAAGCCCUCUUGAUUAUUUGAUAAGUGGCUUGAAUCCCUGAACAGCCACCUACUGCAGAAGAGUGCAAUGCAGCAAUUAUCUUAGUUUGCAAUGCAGUAUUUGAACCAACCCAGACCUUCAGCAUCUAAAGAGAAGCCUUGGUCAUUGGGAGAGUGUACUGCUAAUUCAGUUAAGAGAUCGUGAGCUUUUGCAUCAGAUUGGUAAGAAUUUAUCACCUCCUGAAUCCAUACAGGUUGACAGGUUGAGAGUGCUUGCAAUUCAACCAAAUGACCCACCCUUGAGAGGGCAUCUGCAGCUCUGUUGUCAGUCCCUUUUCUACACUGAAACUUGUACUGCAGGCCAAUGAGCUUGGUCAUUGCCUUUUUCUGAGAGAUGCUGAUCAUCUAGGUAGCAAAGACUCUUGUGAUCAGUGUUGAUAGUAAAUGGCCCUCUAAGCAAAUACUGCCUCCAUCUUUCCACUGCCAUCAUAAUUGCAAUAAACUCCUUUUCAUAAAUGGACAAUUUCUGAUUGGCAAGGCCUAAAGUUUUGCUAUAGUAAGCAACUGGCUGCCCUUUUUGGGAUAGAACUUCCCCAAUUCCCUUGUCACAAGCAUCGGUUUCAAUUUCAAAAGGUAAGCUGAAAUUGGGAAGUGCUAGAACAGGAGUAGAGGACAUAGCUUGCUUAAGGUGAUCAAAUGCAACUUCAGCCUCAGAUGACCACUCAAAGCCUUUUUUCUUUAACAAAUCAGUCAAUGGCUUAGCAAUCAGUCCAUAGUUCUUAACAAACUUUCUAUAAUAUCCAGUUAAGCCUAAGAACCCUCUAAGUUCUGUCACAUUUGUUGGAGUAGGCCAGCUGAUCAUAGCUUGAGUUUUUGCUGGAUCUGUGGCUACACCUUUAUCAGAAAUUAUAUGUCCAAGGUACUCCAAUUGUUUUUGAGCACAAGAACAUUUAAUCAACUUGGCAUAUAGUUUGUUUGCUAACAAGGACUGAAAAACUAGCUCCAGAUGAUGUAUAUGAUCUACUAAAGUAGCGCUAUAUACUAGGAUAUCAUUCAUGAACACAAGCACAAACUUUCUAAGAUAAGGUGCAAAAUAUUAUUCAUAAGACAUUGAAAGGUUGCAGGGGCAUUUGUUAACCCAAAUGGCAUCACCUUGAAUUGGAAAUGGCCAUGAGUGUCUUGAACGCAGUUUUGAACUCAUCACCCUCUGCAAUUCUUAUUUGAUGGAAUCCUGAUCUGAGGUCCAGCUUAGAAAAGAACUGAGCAGUAGCUAAUUCAUCCAUGAUUUCAUCAGCUAUGGGCAUAGGGAACUUAUUCUUGACUGUUAAGUCAUUGAGUCUUCGGUAAUCAACACAAAAUCACCAUGAAGCAUCUUUCUUUUUGACCAAAAGGACUGGAGAUGCAAAGGGGCUCACACUGGUAGAUAUAAGAUGACGGUGGCAUAUUUGAAGGAGAAGCCGGCCGGUCAGGGCUCCACGCCUUCUACACCUAGCGCUGGCAGUGGGAUGCGGUCUGCAGCUGCUAGGCUGCUCGGUACUGGGAAUGGGAGCCGGGCACUUAGCUUUGGGAGCAAUGGUGCCAGCAGGGCACACUCAGGAAGCAACCGCAUAGGUGGAGGAACUGGUGCAUCGACUAGUGCAAGUGGAUCACAAGGCAUGUCGAAUUAUGAUGGCAAGGGCGCAUACAUCAUAUUCAAUACUGCUGACACGCUCUUCAUCAGUGAUCUCAACUCACAUGACAAAGAUCCAAUAAAGUCCAUCCACUUUAGCAGCUCAAACCCGCUUUGCCAUGCAUUUGACUCGGAAGCCAAGGAUGGUCAUGACCUGCUCGUUGGGGUGUUUUCAGGAGAUGUCUAUUCAAUGUCAUUGAGGCAGCAGUUGCAAGAUCCUGGAAAGAAGCCCGUUGCAUAUCAGCAUUUCAUUAAUAAAGACAAAGACAAAGAUAAAGAUGCAACUGCAGGUGGCGCUGCCAGCAGCCGCUGCACUUGUGUUGCAUGGGUGCCAGAGCGUGAUGGCAUUUUUGUUGUUAGUCACGCGGAUGGAAAUUUGUAUGUGUAUGACAAAUCCAAGGAUGGAAACACUGAUUGGACAUUUCCAACUGUAAAGGAUCAAAGCCAGCUGAUGAUUUCACAUGCAAAGUCGAGUAAGGGUAAUCCAAUUGCAAGAUGGCACAUCUGUCAAGGUGCAAUCAAUGCCAUAUCUUUUUCGCUGGAUGGAGCUUACUUGGCCACUGUUGGGCGAGAUGGUUAUUUAAGAGUAUUUGACUUUGCGAAAGAACAGCUAAUGUUUGGUGGAAAAAGUUACUAUGGUGCACUGUUGUGUUGCUCUUGGAGUGCGGAUGGCAAAUAUUUGUUAUCAGGUGGUGAAGAUGAUCUUGUGCAAGUAUGGAGCAUGGAUGACAGAAAGAUAGUUGCAUGGGGCGAGGGGCAUAAUUCAUGGGUUAGCGCAGUUGCUUUUGAUCCGUAUUGGUCCCCACCAAAUUCUGAUGAAACUGGAGAAAAUGUCGUGUAUCGCCUUGGUUCUGUUGGUCAGGACACCCAACUGCUUCUCUGGGAUCUGGCAUUAGACGAGAUUGCUGUCCCUCUACGCCAUCCUUCUGGUGGCUCACCUACAUUCGGCAGUGGAAGCCCUUCUACACACUGGGAUAAUGCAUGCCCUCCAACAGGUGUUCUCCAGCCUUCUCCGCGGAUGCGAGAUGUACCGAAGCUCUCACCCCUUGUUGCACACCGGGUGCAUGUAGAUCCCCUCUCUGGCCUGGAAUUCACCAGCGAAUCAAUCCUCACCAUAUGCCGUGAGGGGCUAAUCAAAAUCUGGGCCAGACCCAGCCAUAGUGAAAAAAACCAGAAGCCGGAUUCUUCUGAGCAGGUCGUAGGCAACACCACUUCAAAGGAUAAGAUGGUAACAUCGUCGAACAAAGCAGGCGCUCCCAGCUCCAGCUUCAAGCAACCAUCAUCUGUUGUUUUCACAUGAUCGAAGGCUUUGUUAGCAUUUUUAUCAUGCUCGCUUGGCCAUGGCUAUUCAUCUUUUGUCACUAACGUGAGGAUUAGUGGAGCGGGAGUAGCUUGGAGGCUGCCAGCAAAGGAGGCAUGCCUUUUUUUUUUCCUGCUUCGCUGACGUCUCUGGGCUACAGAAGUGUCAUUAUUGCCACCUGUGCGGCGAAAGAAAAUAACGGAACUUGCUCAUGUACAUACACCGAUAUUGUCGUAAGAUGUAUAUUACAAGCUUACUGGUUAUGUCUGAUAUAUUUGAUUGUUCUU